AUGAAGAUUACCAGAACAAUCUGGAUGGCUCUAAUGGAUGAGCAGCUGAGAGAAUAUGAUGAAUGGAGAGCAAUCAAGGGAAUCCCUUACUCUGAAGGAAGCACAGCCUCUGUGGCUCUCAUUAGAGGAAACCAAAUCAUUGUUGGAAGUGUUGGUGAUUCUCGCUGUGUACUCUCAAGGAAUGGUCAGGCAAUGGAUUUAUCCACCGAUCACAAACCAAACCUUCCGGAUGAACGUCGGAGAAUUCAAACUGCUGGAGGACGAGUAACCAGGGAUACGCGACGUGUUUGGUGUGCAGGACAGGAAAGAGUACAGUUGGGCAGCUAUCGUGUUAAUGGGCUCCUAGCCAUGUCUAGAUCUAUUGGUGAUUUUGUCUUGAAAUCGAACGGUUUGUCUGCUACAGAACAGAUGGUGACAUGUAAUCCUGAUGUUCGCACUGCGGACAUAACUGAUGAUACUGAGUUUCUUCUUAUAGCAAGUGACGGCAUCUGGGAUAUCUUGUCAAGUCAGGGCGCGGUGGAUUUUGUACACCAGAAGUUAGCAAGCGGGACAACAGAUCUGCGUACCAUUUGUGAGGGGCUUCUUAGCCAUUGCUUCAGGUCGAGGGACAACUCAACCGUGAUACUGGUUCAGUUCAAGCCUGCCGCCAGGAUUCCUCUUGCUCCUCCGGCCAGCGCCGCGCCAGUGGUUAACCCAAGUGUCACUGAAACUUCCAGUGCCGCCAAUCCUGACGCUAGUGCUGAAGCCAAGGCUAACUCCGGCAGAGAGAUCGAGGAACUUGAAGGACCGCUCCUGCCUCUGUCAACAUUACCUAGCUCCUCGCAGUUGUUGUGA